AUUCUUGUAUCUACUCCAUACAAAAGAUACUGUAGCUAGCUAAGCAGUUAGGUGGCUAGAGUGCAUAUAAAUAGCAAUACUUGAGCAGUCCUAAUACUUCCGUGUACUGCAUUGUAUUGGCAAUUAGCCAUUCACCACAGUACUCAGUGUAGUGACAAGUAUUAGACAGCGCUGUUCCUUAGCAGCCUGAAACAAGUAUUGCUACUAUACAUAUAGCUACAUACAACUAAUAUGGAUGGAUUAGUAACUGCAACAACUGAUUAUCCACCAGUUUUCUCGUAUGUUCCAGCUCCAACAGACAACCAAGCUGCAAGUGAUUCUGCAGUGAUAGGUGGUGUCCAUCAUGUAGGUCUGGUACAUCAGCACCCUCGCUCUGUACAGCAGCAUGUUAUGCCUGGUCAUGGAGUUGGGAUGUCCAUAGUUGGAGCUCCACAGAUCAUAUCAAGACCGAUGCAAGUCCAACACAGCGUGAACCCUUAUGAAGCCAUAGAUGCCAUCAUAAGCCGAGAGCAGCAGCAGGCACACCACUCACUCCCCCACCCCGCUCACAUCCAACCAGCACACCCACACGCUCAGCACCCUCACACUCCACACCAACUCCCACACCAUCCUCCCACAGCCUCAAUGCGUUUGUCCUCAGCUUCCUCGGAUGGAGGACCCAAAAUCGAACGCCCUCGAGUGAAGGGCCGAAUGACACCGUAUGCUUUCUUUGUGCAGGAAAGACGAGAGUCCUACCGCCAACAAGGUGUGCCCGUCCAGUUCACCGCAUUCUCCAAGGAGUGCUCUCAAAUAUGGAAGUCAUUGAGUGACGAGGACAAAGAAAAAUUCCAAAAGUUAGCGGAGAAUGACAGAGAGAGAUAUCGUAAAGAGAUGGCCGGAUUUGAAAAACCUCUCGCGAAGGAUGGGACACGAAGAGGACGGAGAAAGAAGGAGCCAGGCCAACCAAAGAGAAACAUGUGUGCCUUCCUCCACUUUUGUGUAGUCAAGAGACCCAAGCUAAAGCAGGAAAACCCGUCGCUAAGUGUGGGAGCCAUGGCUAAACAGUUAUCAUCGGCGUGGAAACUAAUGACCAGUGCUCAGAAGAAACCUUAUGACGACAUGGCUCAUAGAGACAAGCUGAGAUACGAGCAGCAAAAGCAAGCGUACGAGGCUGGAUACUCAGCUGGCUACCUUCGUCAGGAUCUCUCGCCCACUAACAUAGCUGCUAACAGUCAAGCGGGUCCGGGUGGAUCAGGAAGUAUCGCCUCUGCCCCUCCGCUAAUGAGUCCACGACACAGACGGAGGAAGAAGAACCCCGACAUGCCACGGAGAAAUAUGUCAGCUUUCAUGUUCUAUAGUCUGGAGAACCGGCCUGAUGUGAAGGCAGCCAAUCCUGACUUCGGUGUGGGCAAGUUGGCCAAAGCAUUAGCGGGGACUUGGGCAGAAAAAACACCGGAACAAAAGACGCCUUAUGAUCAAAUGGCUAAGAAAGACAAAGGCCGUUAUGAGGUUGAACUGAAAUCGUUUAAGAAAGGACUAUACACUGGGAGUACACUCAGUGCCAGAGACAUUGUGUUAUCAGUUACCGGAAAGACUGUCCCCCCUCCCAGUCAAACUCGCCAUAACUCUCACAGCCAGCUUGACCUCCAUCUUCCUGAUCUGAGUGAGCACAUACCGAGUGUAUCAAGUAUACCUAGUGACCCUGAGCCAUCCCCACCCACUGAGGAUGAACUAGACCAGCUCUGUGAGUACUAUCAGUGAGACGGAGUGUGUCUAUAGCAGAGUAGUUUCCUCUUUCAGUGUAGUGUGUUGUUGUCAGAUACAGAGAGAGAGUGUGUCAAUAUAUAAGUAUGCUGCUCUAAUCAUUUCACUUUCUACGUAUAUAUUCUAUAGAGAAGUCUGUCUUAGUCUGUUCUUUAUUGUUUAGCUUUUCUUUCUUUUGACUACUUCACUUUGUAUAUAAUUAUAUAAUGUCAUGCACUUUUGAAGCAUUGUUUUGAGUACAUGCAUUAGUUUUUUAAGUCAUUCAUAUACCCGCACAAUAGCACCUCGCUUAGCGCUGUCAAUGCUCAUUGUCUGUAUGUCUAUUUAUCAUUCAUCAUUCAUUUGCAUUGUGUUUAAUAUUUCUAAAGAUGUGUAGAUUGCGUCAA